AUGGCCAAGGAGUUCCAAUUCAACUGGCGCCCAAACGUGCCUAGUUUGCUCCUAAAUGGCUCCGUUUUCGAUCGCUACGAUGAUGAGAGCACAUCACUGGAAGUCAACGCCCAUGUGAGGGUUGACGAAUACGGGUUCUUUCUUUAUUGGCUGAUAGAAGGCAGAGAUGCAGCUGUAUUAGAUAUCGGCCAAGUUUGGGAAGCACGUCCCUCUGGUUUACCAAAAGAUGGGCGAGUGCUGUUCGAACUCGAACAACGAGGGGCUCGUGAAACUCUAGAGGAGAGAACGAUUUGGAUAACUCACGGGCAAGAUCUCGUCAACGUUCAAAGUUUUUAUUUAGUCGCUGAGACUAUUGAAAUAGCCAAAGCUUGGCGGUUAGGUAUUAAUGAAAUUCUGAAAAAGUCGAAAACGCGACAUGUGUGCCCGACUACAAAUCUCCUUAGAUACUGGAAGUGGCUGACGCUGAGUGUGAACGAUCGUAGGAAAAUUCCGAUCAAACUACUCGUCAAGACCUUUUCUUCGGGUAAACCCGAAAAAAUGGUCCUCAAAUGUCUCAGCGAUCUUGGAUUGUGUGGAGAUAAGUACACCGUUCCACGAGUCAUGAAUCGUUCGAUGUCAAAGAAGAUCAGCCAUAUCUACAAAUGCAGCAGCAGUCGCAAGAAGAAGGAACGGGAAGAGCUGGACGUCGAAAUGUUAACUUUUGAAAAGUUCAUCCGCCUGUACAACAAAAUUUGCCCCCGCUCAGAAGUUCAGGAACUGUUUGUGAAAUUGAGCGGUCAAAAGGAGUAUCUGACGCGAGACAGGCUGACAAAUUUCUUGAAUGAAGAACAACGUGAUCCACGUUUGAAUGAAAUCCUCUUUCCUUUCUUCGACAGCACUAAGACGCAAGUAUUGAUUAGCAAGUAUGAGCAGGAUAACAACUACAUCGACAAUGGAAAAAUGUCUGGUGACGCGUUUCUUCGCUUUUUGAUGUCGGAUGAGAACUCCCCUGUCUUCUUAGAUCGUAUUGAUAUGUAUCAAGAUAUGGAUCAGCCACUCUGUCAUUACUUCAUCAAUAGUUCUCACAACACUUACUUAACGGGUCGACAAUACGGAGGAAAAUCUUCCUCAGAAAUUUACCGACAAGUUUUAUUGUCGGGCUGCCGAUGUAUAGAGUUGGAUUGCUGGGAUGGUACAGGAGAAAACAAGGGAGAACCGAUUAUCACUCACGGGAAAGCCAUGUGCACAGAUGUUUUCUUCAAGGACGUUUUGUAUCAAAUACGUGAUACGGCGUUCGAACGAUCCGACUUCCCAGUUAUUUUGUCGUUUGAAAAUCAUUGCUCCAAGUCUAAUCAACUCAAAAUGGCAAAGUAUUGUAUGGACAUUUUCGGAGAUAUGCUGCUUGCGAAGCCUUUAGACGAUUUCCCGCUCGAAGCAGGAGUGCCCCUUCCAUCUCCAAAUCGUUUGCGCAGAAAAAUCCUGAUCAAAAACAAACGAUUGAAACCGGAAAUUGAAAAGCAUCAGCUUGAUCAGUUCCUUCGUGAAGGAAAGCUGGACGAAGAGGAUGAAAUCGUAGAAACUCCUGAAGUGGUCGGCGAGGAUUCAGUGUCACCUCGUGAGUUUAUUUUUCCAAAGGGAAUUACAAGAAAGACAUUAAUAGAGUCGAAAAAGGAAGAUGCGUCCGCGUCCGCCUGGAGAUCAAAGAGCACAUCCAGAAGUGAAAACAUCCCAGGCAAAGAAUCGGACGAAGCACAUCCCGAGCUCAAGCAAAAUUUCAUUUCUAAGAAUUUGAAAUCGUUGGGCUUUACCAAAAAGCAGCCUGUACUGACCAAAGAAGAAGAAGAGCGCAUAUUUGCUGAAUACCAUUACACAGGAGCAACGACUAACAUUCAUCCUUUGCUGUCGUCACUGAUCAAUUACACCCAUCCAGUGAAAUUCAGUGGAUUUGAUGUCGCGGAAAGUAAUAACCUGCACUUCCACAUGUCAUCGUUCUCCGAGUCCACUGGUCUUGGAUAUCUGAAACAGUGCGCGCCUGAGUUUGUCAACUAUAACAAGCGCCAGCUGAGUAGGAUAUAUCCGAAAGGUGCCAGGGUGGAUUCAAGCAAUUUUCUGCCACAGAUUUUUUGGAAUGCUGGCUGUCAGAUGGUUGCACUGAAUUUCCAAACUCCUGAUGUAUAUAUGCAGUUGAAUAUGGGCAAAUUUGAGUACAACUGUGGAUCUGGGUAUUUGCUGAAGCCUGAUUUCAUGCGCCGACCCGAUAGGACCUUUGAUCCAUUUUCUGAAUCUCCUGUUGAUGGUGUGAUUGCGGCCCACUGUAGUGUUCGGGUGAUUUCGGGACAAUUUCUGACAGACAAAAAGAUUGGUACGUAUGUGGAGGUCGAAAUGUAUGGCUUGCCAACAGAUACUAUUAGAAAGGAGCAUAAGACCAAAGUUAUCCCAGCCAAUGGACUCAAUCCUGUCUACAGUGAAGCUCCAUUCGUCUUCAGAAAGGUAGUGCUACCAGAAUUGGCUGUUCUACGGUUUGCUGUUUACGAUGAGAAUGGGAAGCAACUGGGACAGCGCAUUUUGCCUUUGGACGGUCUUCAGGCUGGAUAUCGGCAUAUAUCCCUUCGAUCUGAUACUAAUCAAACUAUGGUUCUUGCUCCAACGUUAUUCGUUCACAUUGUCAUCAAGACUUACGUACCUGACGAGCUGAGCGGCUUGGUUGAUGCUUUGGCCGAUCCUAGAGCUUACCUUUCUGAGCAGAAGAAACGGCAGGAAGCGCUAGCGCAUAUGGGUGUUGACGAUAGCGAUAUAGUAGAGGUACCUGCCGGAAAAGCUGCUGCGGUAAAAGGUAAAGUCCUUCAAAAAACCAACGGCUCGGCUGCAAAUUUGUUAAGCGAAAGGGAAAAUCCACCAUCUUCUGCUCGCUCAGAUGGUUGUGCAGCCGCAUCCGGCACAUCCAAAGUCAACAACGAAGCGGCGCCUGCUUCGGUAGACAAGUUUAAGGUCGAACCAAUUGAUGUGGACGAACUGAAAAAGGACAAAGCGUUCGCAAAACUCCUGAAAAGAUUCCAGAAGGAUAGUGAGGAAUUGAAAAGAAAGCACCAAAAGCAGCGUGAUAGCAUUCAAAAGCAACAGGUCCGAUCUCUUGUCAAUGUGCAAACUGAUGAAUGGUCAGCGAUGAUGCGACGUCAUGAAGCAGAGGAAUUUGAACUGAAGAAAUCACAGCUGCGAGAACAGACCGAAACGCUCAGGAAACUUCUGUUAGAAGCGCAGAAGGCACAAAUGCAAGGUCUCAAACUGCGACUCGAAAGCGAAACCAAGGAGCUCAAGCAAACGCAGACCAAGAAGAGCAUGGAAGAUGCUAAAAUUCUCAACCUCGACAAAGGAAUAAAAACAAAAGCAGAAAGGGAGCGAAGGUUGAAAGAGCUACACGAGAAAAACUUAAAAAUGUUUGUCGAGGAGAGAAAACGAUUAGCAAAGAAGUUGGUCAAAGCGGAGAAACAUGAGGAGCAGCUUGCAAAACGACAUCAGGACCAGCUUGAUCAGCUUGACAAAGAAGCCGCUCGGGCGCUGGAACAGGAAGAAGCCAUUUUCAAGGAAGAUCAAUUGUCUUCUAAACCAGCGUCAUUGGUCUAA